AUGGCAAGUCAAGAUAUACAGCGAGAUCAGAGCCGUCGCCGAGACGCAUUCCAAGAAUCCCAACGCGCCAUUAGUGGUCCAACUCGACUGGAUCCCACUGGAGGCGUGGGAGACCUUCUUCCCUUCGAUCGACCUCUGUUUCAAAGAGGCCAUUCGAUGUGGGUGGCGUUCCCAAUGAUCCGUCUCAACAUGGCUCCGCACUCGGUCCCGAUCCCCGACACUGAUGAGGUUAUUCCCGCCGGCACAUUCGCCGCAUACAACACCACCGAAGUCCACUUCAAUCCAGAGUUGUACCCAGAUCCAUACAAGUAUGACCCCGAUCGGUUCCGCGAAGGUCGUGAGGAAGUCAAGAAAGAGGCUUAUAGCUUUGUCGGUUGGGGUCAGGGUCGGCAUCCCUGCAUGGGCAUGCGCUGGGCCAAGAUACAGCUAAACAUCAUUCUCGCGUACGCUCUUGCCAUGUACGAGUUGAGCGGAUGUGAUGAAAAUGGACAGCCUAGUCUGCGGCCCCGAGUUUACCUGUUGGGCUAUUUUGCAAGUAUGUUCCUAGGAACAAGGCUUGAGGGUUGGGUGGGUGCAGACUACGCUAGGAAGAAGUUUUAUAUAUAUCAACAACAUAUGUACUUUUCAGAAUAA